UGCAUACGUGGCGCUGUGGUAGCAACAUGCCACUGUGAAUAGCAGGUAAAAGACAAAUCGUAUGUCGUUUUUAAUUGAUUCAAAUUGUAAUUUAAUAAAAUGAGGUGGUUCAUUUCGUGUUUAUUCUUAAUUUUUUUGAGCUCCAGAGUAAACUGCUAUUUCAUUACCGUGGACGCACAUGCCGAAGAAUGUUUCUUUGAUAAUGUAGAAACAGGCACGAAAAUGGGUCUUACAUUUGAAAUAGCAGAAGGUGGAUUUCUAGAUAUAGAUGUAAAAAUACUUGGUCCUGAUGGAAAAAUAAUUUAUGAAGGUGAUCAAGAAAGCAGUGGUAAAUAUACAUUUGCUGCACAUCUUCCUGGUGUUUAUACAUAUUGUUUUGGCAAUGAAAAAAGUAGUAUGACACCAAAAGUAGUGAUGUUUAACAUGGAUAUUGGUGAAAAUCCAAAGCCUGUAGAAAAUACUUCAGAUGGAAAAAAUUCUGAUUUAAACCAUAACAAAAUAGAUGAUAUGAUAAAAGAAUUAAGUACAAGUUUAUGGGGUGUGAAAAAUGAGCAAGAAUACAUGCAGGUUAGAGAUCGCAAUCACAGAGCAAUCAGUGAAAGCACAAAUACUCGUGUAGUUGUGUGGGCAUUUUUUGAAGCUGUGGUUUUGGUUUGUAUGACAAUAGCACAAAUUUUCUAUCUAAAACGAUUCUUUGAAGUUAGAAGAGUCGUCUAAUUCAACAUAUGCAAUAAGAAAAUACAUUCAUUGUAUAUUUUUUAUGUGAUUAAGUUAUAAUAGAAUUAAAAAAUUUCAA